ACUUAGUGAAGUCGGCAAUGAUUUGCUUAUGCUUAUGGUUAUGUUGUCAGCUACUGUGUACUUAGCAAACGAGGAGCCGACAGCCGAGGUUAACGCGAGAGCACGUUGCAUUGUUUAUGUGCAUUAGUGAACGUUGUUAGUUAAAAAAUCUGAACGUAAGAUAUUAAUGUUAUUGUUUUUCGUUAAAUAUUGAUUCAUUAGUUAAAUAUUAUAUUGAUAUUACAUAGAAUCCUUCUAAGCCGGCUCUUUGUCGUUAUGGAAAAGAGCUUGCAAGAAUUACUAGAGAUACGGAGGAAGCAGCUACAAAUGGAGGAAGAUUUGCAGAAUAACAUUCUUAAUAAAAAAUCUAAACGAAAAAGGACCACAGAUAACGAAAGUGAUGCGACAACUUCUAAGAAGAUAACUAAGAAAGCUUCAAGCAAGCAGAAUGCUGGAACUGAUAACUUGACUUCUGCAAAUGAAAGUAGCAGCUCUCUUGUUGAAAUCAACACAUCACAAAAUGAAGAGCUUAAUGAAGGUAAUCCUCCUCAAAAGCCACAAAGAAAGCCUAGAAAAAAGCCUGUACCUAAGAAGUUAUCUACACGGCAGAACUUAGCAGAUAAAGUGAAUAUAUCUGCAGAGAUUAACGGACAUAGCCCUGUUGCUGGUACGUCUGUUGCUAAUUUGGAUACAGCACAGUCUAAUCACAUGUCGCCAAAAGAAUCUAAUAGUACGCCUCAAAAGGGUACACCUUCAAGGAGUGGUGAUUCCAGUAUUGCUGACUCACAAGAAGUUCCUAGGUUACAACUAGUUGAUCCAUCCAGGCUUUUGGACCAAACUAAAAAUGUUAGUGAAAAAACUUUGAGAUCUAAGCAUAUAAAAGUAAAAGUUGGACAAAAAAACAAGAAAUCCAAACAAAGUAAGGAUAAAGUAUCUAAACCGAGUGCUAAUACAUCCAACAGUAACUCGGAAGCAUUACCUACCAUUCAGAACGAAAAUACUGAUGCUAGGUUGAACUCAGAUGAAAUAAUGAACUCGGAUUCUCAAAUGGUAGUGGAUUUGACUCUACCUGAGUUUCAAAUGACCCAUAGUAUUGUUGAAGGCAAAAAGUUAUUUGCUUGGCUUGUUGCACCAACAGAUUUACAUUAUUUCUUCAGUGAUGUGUGGGAGAAGCAACACUAUCACGUAAUUAGGAAUGAUUCAUCUUACUAUGAAAAUGUAAUGUCCUCUGUACAAAUUGAUCAUUUAUUAAGGCUUCAACGAUUGGAUUACACAAAAAAUGUUGACAUUACAUCAUAUGAUAAUGGUGUCAGAGAAACACACAAUCCAACGGGGAGAGCAUUGGCACCAGUAGUUUGGGAUUUCUUUCUUAAUGGAUGUAGUGUUCGGAUUCUUAAUCCACAGGCUUAUAUACCCAAGCUGCACCUCCUCUGUGCAACAUUACAAGAAUUUUUUGGUUGUAUGGUAGGAGCAAAUUCUUAUUUAACACCACCAGGAAGCCAGGGCUUUGCUCCCCAUUAUGAUGAUAUAGAAGCUUUUAUUAUUCAAAUUGAAGGGAAAAAGCAUUGGAAACUAUACGCUCCACGAAAUACUUCAGAAGUUUUACCUAGAGUAUCCUCCCAAAAUUUUACUAGAGAAGAAAUUGGUAGCCCGAUUUUUGAAGUUGACUUGCAGGCUGGAGAUCUUUUAUAUUUUCCAAGAGGAACCAUUCAUGAAGCAUAUACUUUAGGAGAUCAGCAUUCAUUACAUGUUACUAUCAGCAUGUAUCAAAACCAUAGUUAUGCAGAUUUAUUGGAGAAGGUUGUUCCUGGAAUGUUACAAACAGCUGUGGCAGAAUGUCUUUCUUUUCGUAAAGGACUUCCUUUAGAUCUUCCUAAUUAUUUAGGUUUGGUUCAUUGUGACAAAAGAUCCCCCAGAAGGAUUCAACUUGUCAAUAAGAUAAAACAACUCCUUAUUCAAGCAGUGGAAUAUGCACCUAUAGAUGCAGCUGUUGAUCAGAUGUGGAAAGAAUAUCAGCAUAGUGCAUUGCCACCAGCCAUAAAUGCUCAAGAACUACCUUGUACAGUUUUCGGUGAUGGUGAAAUAAUGACAGAAAAUGGUACUAUAAAAAGAAAAGUACAAUUGGCCCCAAACACUCAAAUCAGAUUAAUCAGAGCCAACGUUCUUAGAAUGAUUCAUGAAGAUAAUCAAAUUAGAGUAUAUUACUGUAUGGACAACACCAAGGAAUAUAAAGAAAUAGAACCUCAGUAUCUGGAAGUUGAUGAAGUGGAAGCACGUGCUGUUGAUUUCUUACUGGGACAGUAUCCCUAUUUUUCGAAAAUUGCUGAUUUACCUUUGCCGACCUUAAUUCAAAAAGUGACUUUGACACAAAACAUGUGGGAGAAAGGUUUGCUAAUCACAGAAAAACCGCUUCAGACCAUAGACUGAAUCUUUCUGAGAAUGAAAGAGGUAUUUAUAUUAUUAUACCCAUUUUUUAAGCUAAUGCUCAAACA